AUAAACAAGUACACUAGUUUUUUCUUCUUAUUCAAAGCUAAAAAUCUAUUGCAACUUUCAUGGAUUCAAAGAAGUCUAACAAGAUCCGAGACAUUGUUAGGCUUCAACAGAUCCUAAAGAAGUGGAAGAAGAUGGCAAAUGCUUCUAAGAACAGCACUACUGCUACAACAACAACAACAACAAAUACUACUACAACUAGCAGCAGUAAGAGCAUGAAAUUUAUCAAGAGAACCCUGUCGUUUAACGACGUUUCGAGCGCUUCAAACGACGUCGUUCCAAAAGGCUUUCUUGCUGUUUGUGUUGGGAAGGAGAUGAAGAGAUUCAUCAUCCCAACUGAGUAUCUGAGACACCAAGCUUUUGGUAUUCUUCUGAGGGAAGCUGAGGAAGAGUUUGGUUUUCAGCAAGAGGGGGUGCUCAAGAUUCCUUGUGAAGUGCCUUUGUUUGAGAAGAUUCUCAAAGUGGUUGAAGAGAAGAGAGAUAUUUUCUUCUUGCAUGAGCAGCUGGGAUUCAGUGCGGACAAGAUAAUCAGUUGCUGCUCUCCCCCAUCUGAUUGUGAGCUCACUCCUCAUCACCCACAAAUGUGUAGAUGAUCUUCAGAAAAUUUUCAUAUGAUUUUUUCU